AUGCUCAGUGCACCAAUCUCAUGCAAUUUUGAAUGUACGAAUUCCACUGAUAUUGAUGACCACGUGCAUUGUACGUAUUGCUUCCGCAUUGAUUGCCGCUACAAUCUUUGUACAGUUCAUCCGUGUCCAGAAUGUCGCAUCAUGUUACAUGCCUGUAAACUUGAAGAUCAUCUGCUUAUAUGUCCUAAGUCGUUUGUACCUUGCCUUUGUGAGGCUUUCGGAUGUCCAGUAAUAAUAAGGCGCGAACGCAUGGCACAACACUUGAAACAUUGCUGUGCUUGGGUGAUAUUUUGCUGUGUGCAGUGGAAUAGACGAACUCUUAGUAACUAUGCAAAACGUAAGUUGAAACGUGUAGCAAAAGGUCUAGAAAAGUGGGAAGCAGCGUAUGAAGUAGACGAUGAUCACGAAAUAGAUGUUUGUGCCGCACUUGUUGAUCAGGAUGUAGUUAUUGAUUCGUAUAGAACAAGUCGUGCAGAUCGCAAGCGUCUCACUGAUUUUUACAAUCCUUGUCAUCCGCUCAUGCCGUUAAGACUUUCACUCCAAAAGCCUUCCAGUUUUGCCGAUGAAGACAGUAGUGACGAAGAAAACAGGCAAAAGGAAAGACAGUUAGAACUCAAGCGUUCUCCAUUUGAAAGUUGCUACCUAUGUAAAGCAGAUCCAGGCAGCCAACAUCUUCAUGUGCUCGGUAAUAUCAGUUUUGAAGCAAAUCAAGAAAUAACAGAAGAUAAAGAAAUUACUCCAGUCAAACGUUUGCUUUUACCACCCUUCUACGAAGAAAGAAAUUUAUGUCUGAAUAUAGUACGUGAACGUUUUUCUGUAUUUACCCGUAAAAGUGAGAAUAUGCCAUGCGUACAAAAAGGAGUUUGCGUAUAUACUUACUUCUGCAAUGAAAACUUCCGUCGUGAUGAGUAUCUUGAGCACUAUAAAUUAUCACAUAUGAUUGCUACAGAGUGUAUCGGACGUUGUCCAUUAUAUGUUGAUGGAUGUCCUUUUUAUUACCAUAAAAUGGAGCCAUGUUGGGGAAAGUUAAGAUAUUGUCACUAUCUGAACUGCACUGUUCUUGAGCCUCCUCUUACACCAGUAUUAACUCAUGAUGGCUGUCCAGUGUGUGAUUUACCGCCCUUAAUCUUCUUCCAUAUAUUGCAAUAUCUUGACAGUGCAUCGCUACGUUGUUUAUCAUCAACAAGUAAACUGAUGCGAUUUAAAUGCUUUCAAACUGCUUCUAAUUCUGCAAUGGUGCAUAUCAAAUGGGAACGAUGUGAAAGUGGAAACUGGUCAGAAAAGUGUUAUAUGUGGGAAUUUAGUAAAUGUUUGAAACCUAUUCAUGAAUGGAAGAAUAAUAGUAUGAUGGUGCUAACUACUCAUUUACGUAAUUGUAAAUUUAAUAUUCCCGAGAAAAUAUUCAGUAGCCGAAUUGGUAUGCUUCCUACUCGAAAGGAGUCUUUUCUGAGUACUGUCCGUCCUAUCGGAAGCGGUAAUCGGCGUGUUAUUGGGAACAUUAUAAACUCGAUUAAUUCUUAA